GUCAUUUCAAACCAGCCCCGGGGUUUGAAUGUCAGCGGGCGCGGGAGCCGGGCCCGCCUCUUCCUUCCCCGCCACUCUCCCGCCCGGCAUGAGGAGACGGGGCUCGCUGCGCGCAGGGACUCCCGUGAGGCGCUCCACGCGCCUGGCGCAGAGUAGCGCGGAGGAGCCGGUCCUGAGAGAGGUGUCCAGUGCUGAGGGAGGGAGCUUGCCCCUUGUUCUGCAGCCCCGGGCCAGCAUCAAGGCCCACAAACUGCAUCUUACUCCAGCCCGGGAUCCAUCGCCCACUCCAGCCAGUGACCCUACUCCCAUGCCAGAUCUGGAGCCCUCGGCUGGGUCAGCCCUGGAGCCCUUGCCAAUAUUAACCAGGGAGCCUCCACUGCCCCAGCUCAAGGAUGAACCCACCAGGACUGCAAUGAAGAGAGGCCUAUCCCGGAAGCCAGCGGCAAGGCUGGAGGCUUCCAGGAGCAAUAGACGGGUGGCACUGGACCAAGAUGCCCACUUGUCACCCUAUGUGAGGCUGAAGAGGCUGCAGAUCUCAGAGGAGGAUGAAGAAAAGGAGGAGCUUUUCCCCACCCGAAGUGAGAGCUCAGGGGAGAAAGAGAAGCUGAACCUGGACUGGCAAGAGUUCAGAGAUGAGAGAGCCCAACUGCAGGUGCUGGAGACUGCAUUGCCGGGCUCAGAGACCGCCACUGUCACAGAGAUCAUGGCCCCCAGGCUGCAAGGCAAAGCGGCCAACAACACCCCCAGGCUGCAGGGCACAGCCAUCUGGCUGCAAGGCGGGGCAGCCAGCAGUUUCCCUAGGCUACAGGGUGGGGCCCCAAGGUUGCAGGACAGGGCACAGAUCAGCACCCCCAGGUGGCAGAGUGCAGCUCCCAGACUGCGGAGUGUGGCACCUGGGACGCCAGGCCUGACAGAAACAGAUACUCUCAGGGUGCGGCGCGUUGCCCAUGGAACACCAGGCUUGGCGACGUGGACAGAAACUGCAGCAAUCAGGGCACCAGCCCCCAGACCCAAGAGCCCAUGGAAGCCGAGCAAGCAUUUCCUUUUCUCCUCCACCUGCUGCAUCCUUCUUCCCUUCCUGCUCAUCCUGGGCUUCUCUGGUUGGUUCCUGUGGGAGCACAGCAGCCCCGUCUCUGUCCUGGGGUUGAUGGAGCAAUGGCAGCUGGGCUGGAGCCAUGUCGCCAGCCUGUGGAGAGAGCCGGAUGAGGAGUGCAGCUCACAGUGCAGUUUGGUGCUGGUGGAAAGCAUCCCUGUGGGCCUGGAUUACAACCACUCUAGCCCCCGCCACCUCCCCAUUUUCCAGGCCUGGAUGGACCUGUUGGAUGCUGCCAACCGCUCUGUGGACAUCGCAGCUUUCUACUUCACUCUCCGGGACUCAGACAUGAAGGAGGAAGAACCCUCAUCCUGGCAGGGCAGGCAGGUGUUGGAGAAGCUGCAGGACCUGCCCUCUCGGGGGGUGAAGCUCAACAUUGCUGUGAACAGCCCCCAAAAGUCUGACCGAGACACCGAAGAGUUGGCCAGCAAAGGUGCAGACAUAAAGUAUGUGGAGUUGGAGCGCCUGACUGGGGGAAUUGUGCACACCAAGUUCUGGGUGGUGGAUGGCAAGCACGUCUACAUUGGCAGCGCCAACAUGGACUGGCGCUCGCUGACACAGGUAAAGGAGCUGGGUGCUGUGCUCUACAACUGCAGCUGUGUGGCCGGUGACCUGCACCGGAUCUUCGCCAUGUACCGUGCAUUGGGAGGGCAGGGGGCCUCACUCCCGACGAUGUGGCCAGCUUAUGUCUCUGCGAAGUCCAGCCUCAGCCACCCCCUGAAGCUGCAGCUCAAUGGCAGCAGUGCAGAACUGUACCUCUCUAGCUCCCCUCCCGCCCUCUGCUCCACAGGCCGUACCCCAGACCUCACAGCCAUUGUCAGCACCAUCCAGGAUGCCCAGGCUUUUGUCUACAUCUCGGUGAUGGACUAUGUCCCCCAGUGCACCUUCUGCCAGCCCAAGAGAUUCUGGCCAGUCAUUGAUGAUGCGCUGCGUGCUGCGGCCUGCAAUAGGCACGUGAAGGUGAGGUUGCUUAUCAGCUGCUGGCAGCACUCAGACCAGUCCAUGUUCCUGUUCCUGGAGUCGCUCAGUGUCCUCAGCCAGGAGCCUCUGGGCUGCCCGAUCGAAGUGAAACUAUUUGUUGUCUCCAAAUCGGUUGAGCAGAAACGCAUUCCCUUCUCCCGUGUCAACCACAACAAGUACAUGGUGACCGACCGCCUGGCCUACAUUGGCACCUCCAACUGGUCUGAGGAUUACUUCACCAACACUGCAGGGGUGGGGCUGAUCAUCAGCCAGAGUGAGGCUGCCCCUGGGGUUACCCAGCUCACCUUGCGGGAGCAGCUGGAGGCUGUGUUCCAUCGGGACUGGAGCUCUUCCUACUCACAGCCACUCAGCCCCAAGCCCAGCUGUGCUGCCAAGAACUGAGAGCAGUUCCCUGCCCGAAUGCUGGGCCAGGCCCAGGACCUCUCCUCAGCUGGAUGUACAUUUGCAGCUUCCCUUGGAAAUCCAGCCCUGUGGCAGCUUGCAUCAGACUGCUUCUGCUCCCCCCUGCUCCAGGAGGGAUCCCACUAGCUAAAGAAGGACCAGUGCAGGCAGCAGCAAUGAAACACCCGAGGGGGCCCUGGAUGCCAGCAUGUGACUUGUCAGCAUUAGUGCCAUGGUGCUUGCCUCCUGGCUACACUCUGAAGCUGGGGGCUUGGGGCCCUGGCACGUGGACAUUAGCUAAAUCUCAGGCAUAGGCGCCAACUUGGUGGGUGCUCUGGGGCUCAAGCACCGACAGGGAAAA